AACAGUUCUUUGCCUUUGUCCAUCUUCUGCUGGCUAGUUGUCACAAGAAGUGUACAGUGAAGGUUUAUGACUUCAUUUUAGGAGCCUCUGACCCCUGAAACAAUGGAUAGAUUUGACCUGAUUAAGAUCAUCGGGAAAGGCACCUUUGGGAAAGUAUACUUGGCAAAAACCAAAACAGAAAGCAAUUAUUGUGUCAUAAAGGAGAUCAAUUUUACACAGGAAAAAGAAGCUUCUAAGAAAGAAGUGAUGCUUCUGGCUCAGAUGAAGCAUCCCAACAUUGUAACCUUCUUCAGUGCAUUUCAAGAGAAUAGCAGGCUGUUUAUUGUAAUGGAAUACUGUGAGGGAGGGGAUCUCAUGCAGAGGAUCCGGAGGCAGAAGGGAGUGUUAUUUAGUGAAGAUCAGAUCCUGUGCUGGUUUGUACAGAUUUCUUUAGGAUUGAAGCACAUUCAUGACAGCAAGAUAUUACACAGGGACAUAAAAUCUCAGAACAUUUUUCUUAGCAAGGAUGGAUUGGUUGCAAAGCUUGGGGACUUUGGGACAGCAAGGACACUGAAUAAUUCCAUGGAACUUGCUCAGACAUGUGUUGGGACACCUUACUAUUUGUCCCCAGAGAUUUGUCAGAACAGACCAUACAACAAUAAAACGGAUAUUUGGUCUCUUGGAUGUGUCUUAUAUGAGCUCUGCACCCUCAAGCAUCCUUUUGAGAGUAACGACUUACACCAUCUGGUUCUGAAGAUUUGUCAAGCACGUGUUGCUCCCAUACCACCCCACUUUUCUCUUGACCUACAGUCCUUGAUACCUCAGCUCUUUAAAGUGUGUCCUCAGGAUCGACCAUCUAUCAAUUCCCUUUUGAAAAGGCCUUUGUUAGAGCCUAUUACUGCCCGAUACUUGUCUCCUGAGGUCCAUGCAAGAAGAAUUCAGUCCCAUGGUCAUGUACAGAACGCUCACUGGGGAGGUAGUCCACGGUUUGCUGCAUAUCUUCAGAGGAAAUUUGAAGCUCAGCAGUAUAAGUUAAAAGUGGAAAGACAGUUGGGUCUUCGUCCAUCUUCUGCUGAGCCACAUCCCAACGAGAGAGAAAAGCCACAAAGCCACAGAGAGGGGACUAAACUCCAGGAGCUCCAGUAUAGAAGGAACAGAAUGAAGGACCAGGAAUACUGGAAACAGUUAGAGGAAAUCCGCCAACAAUACCACAGUGACAUGAAGGAAAUUAAAGAAAGGAUGGGGAGAGAGCUGAAGGACAUAAAGGAGAAUGCAGACCUCAGUCAUAAAACCUAUCUGGUGAAGAGGAGUAACCUGCCCACCCACCCUGAUGCACCCAAGGAAGAAACCUGGACACAGAGAGGGUUGAAGUUUGAAAUUAGCCUGGAUAAGUGUAAUCCUGAGGAAGAUACCAUCCAAGACAAAGAGGCAGUGGAUAAACUAAAUGAUACUCUGAACUUUGAAGAUGGCAUGAGGUUUCGGGAGUGCAGACCUCUAAAGGAGCAUGAAGAUCACAGAGACAGAGCCUUUGAGGAGCUCUGUGACUCAGAAGCAGAGGGUUUCUUUUCGGAUAUCGUUGCUGUGGAGAACAGGAGGCAGUGGGAUACCAGAGCACCUCAGACUCUGCUGCAAAUAAUGGCAACAGCGGAUGCCACCUCCACCUGCCCCACCAUGCCUGAUGAUGGAGAAGUUAUUGUGAUGGAAGGCAGUCCAGAUGGGAAGAGGUGGUGGUGUGAUGUGCCAGGGACCCUGAGUGCUUUGACAGCAGCACAUGCCUGCAGUAGCUCAUCGUCAGCCAGUAAAGGAGAACCUAUGGAAUUGAUAAAACCACAGCUUCCUAAAGAAGACCAGGAAGAGGCAGAGGUAGCCUCUGGCAUUGAAGUGGCUGAUGAGCAACUGGAUCCAGGAUGGGAUGGUGAUAUGAAAUUUGAAGAAUCUGAAGAUGAGUUGAGAAGUGAAAUAAUAGAAUCCCUAGAAAAACUUGCAACUUCCACAGAAGAAAGAGAAGAGGCUCCCAGCUCCUCCAAGAAUGCUGAAAAGUCAGGAGAGAAAGAAAGGAUAAACUUGGCAGUCUAGAAAACCCAGUGAAGGUCUAACUAGAGUUUGGCCUGUCUAAUCUGUAUUGCUAAAGCCACAGAUCAUCCAAUGCUAGUCAAAAUGUCCAAGUAUGAGUAAUGCUUAUUUCUCAUUGAUGGGAAUUCAUGUCCUUAAAGAAAAUCCACUAUCUUACUGAGUUAUACUUUGCCCUAAUUAUGCUCUUGGGGGACAACUCUGAUGAAUGCUGUUUUUAGCUUAGCUCUAUUAAAUUG